GAGAAGGAAAGAGGAGGUUCAGAAGACUCAAGGGACGAGUGCGAGGAAAAAGAAUGAAACAAAGAAUGUGAGAGAGAGAGAGAGAGAGAGAGAGAGAGAGAGAGAGAGAGAGAGAAAGGCAGUCAGCGUGUGAUGCUAUCCUAAUACAGACAGUUAGUUUGAUUCAUUUCAUUUAACUUGGAUGGCCAGCUUUUCCAGCUGCUGACCGGCUCUUUUGGAUUUACUAUCUCACCACAUGCCACACACACACACACACACACACACGUUCGCACCCGCAUGCACGCCGUCUGCCAGCCGGGAGUCUCUGAUCUGCAGACGGGAUCUGCUUUCAUCUCCGGAUGUGCCACAACAUUCAGAGCACACCGGUCUAUGUCUGGUGUUUGUGUGUGAGUCUGCAGGCGUGACAUGGAACUUGUUGGAUUAACCGUGGAAUGUUGAGAGACUCCCAUCGAGGAAAACCAUGGAAUAUCAUGGAACGAGUUCAAGAGUUUGGAAUUUUCUCCUUUCUUCAGUGAUGCUUUUGGCUUUUUAAACCGUUUCAUUUUCUUUAUUGCUCAGUCUGGAAGUCUGAGAUGAUCUCUGAGUGACUGACGCUUCGGCAAGCCCGUCCUUGUGCAAUCGUGUGUGUGAGUGAGUGUGUGUGUGUGAAUAGCUUUACGUGUGUAUCUAUGCGAUGUUGGCAACGGAUGUAUUGCCCGUGAUAAUGCCUGCUGUCGCUGCAUGUCCAAGACCGAGUGCUAGAGAGUGGAGCUUUUGGGACGUGGUGGGGGUGGACUGUAGUGCCCCCGAGCCACGCUGCAUCUGGGUGGCCGUGUUUCGGGACAACUUGCUCAUCACCCACACUCCCAGCAUUGAGUCUGCACCGACUCAACCCAGAACAGACUUGUGCGGAAACAGGACAAAGGGGCGAAGAGAUGGUAUCCCGUCGUCCAGCGAAAACCCUCGGCCGGUCCUGGGGGGCGGAGCUGAGGGCAGGGGUUUGUCCUGGCAGGGCCCACGGACGCUUGUGCUCCAUAAGAACUCACAGGGCUUCGGCUUCACACUGCGCCACUUCAUUGUAUAUCCGCCUGAGUCGGCCUUGCACACUAGCCUGAAGGAUGAUGAAAAUGGAAAUGGAAAGGGUCUACAGCGAAGUCGGCUGGAACCAAUGGACACCAUAUUUGUUAAGAACGUGAGGGAGAAAGGUCCUGCUCACCAGGCUGGUCUAUGCACAGGUGACAGAUUAGUAAAGGUGAAUGGGGAGAGUGUGUUGGGCAAGACAUACUCCCAGGUGAUAGCACUAAUUCAAAACAGUGAGAGUGUGUUGGAGCUCUCUAUAAUGCCAAAGGAUGAGGAUGUACUGCAGCUGGCUUACUCUCAUGAUGCCUACCUGAAAGGGAACGCACCAUUUACAGGAGGGGCCCAAAAUCUUCCACCACCGCCCCCUCUGUGCUACCCACCACGUUCCCAGCCUUAUCCAAGCCACCCCCCCUGCCCCAUCUCUCCCCGGUCUCCCAACAUGGGACAGAACCAGCUGGACAACUGGAGCCGCUGGCACGGCUCUGCCUCCAGCCCUUCCCCACCACUUGACAACCGGACAAGUGCACCUACCACCACCAGUAUGGCCUGGGCAUCAGAGGGCCAUGAAGCCGGGGGUGUCAACCAUAGCAGUCCUGCCCAUCGCACUGAGGAAAUCCGGUAUGGUAUGACUCAGAGAGGACGUUCAUUCUCUUCCUCAUUUUCUACAAGUCCACCAAACCAAGCUCAGCAUGGGAACAGCAGCAAAGAAAACUUGUCAUGGGGUAGCCCGCCAAAACCUGCACCAGUGUCAAGUUCAAGAAGCAGUGAACGCACCCAACAAGCCCUCUCUAAUUGGUACUACAACCAGGUGUCAGAACGGGAGCGGGAACGGGAACGGGAGCGCUUAAAUGUCCGCUCUCUAAACCAGCGACAACGCAGUUUCUCUCAGGACCGCCUGGCAGAGCUAAGCCGAAGCAGACGGACACAUAGGACUGAUUUUCCCCAGAGUGCCUCUCAGGACACAUUGCUGCACUCUGGGCAGCAUCCUCACUGGAUGCAAGUUUUGCCUUCUGUCUGCCAGAACCGUUCUCAGUCCGAGAACCUUCUACGCAGUCGCUAUGGACACUCGGGUCGCUCAUUAGAGGCCCUAGACCAGGUACUUUGCCCGCUCUCACCACGCCAUGAAGGCCAAGCCUGGCGGCAGCAACAGCCCCAGGAGCAGGGAAGCCAUUUUAAUCCUUCACAGACACCUAGUACGCGUCUUAUUCAAGUUCACCGCCAACACCAAUCCAAAUCUUCAGAGCAGCACCGUUGUCAGCAACACCCUCCCCAACAGAAACAACACCCCCCAAAGCAAAAUCCAAUUUAUUCAUCACAACAUCCACCACAAAGUCGUCGUUUGACCUCGUGCCAGAGUGUGGACCAGGAGCAGAUCGGCUACCGCAGUUACAGUCCCUCUUUUAACCGCAAAAGUGGACGGAUCCUACAGCAUGCUCAGUCAUUCCGGGACCCAUCCUACACGGGGCCACGCCUCAGCUGGACCAGUCUUCCUGAGGGCAUGGCUCCAUCUCCUGCUCCAUCAGUUGCCCCUGCUGCUUGCUCAACAUCUGGUGAAGGACAGGAUGGAACUCAUCGUCCAACUAACCAUGAAAGAGAGAGUGGGAAGGUAGAGCAGGAGACACAAUUGCAGGUCCAAGAGGUGGUGCUUAGGCAAAAGCCACGCAUGGGCCGAAGGGCUGGCCAUGUCCACCGACUCCCCCUGGCACUUGACGGAAGUGACCCUCUACUUUUUACCUCGGACCCUGAGGAAGCCCUUUUGAAGUCAGAGGGUUCUUCCUCCCACCGGCAUGCGAACGGUAAUCUUGCACCACUCUCUGUGGAGGAUGACUCGCUGGCCUCUAUCCCCUUCAUUGAUGAGCCAACCAGCCCGAGCGCAGAUCUGCGGGCGUGUCACGUCCCUGCCUCAUCCGUCGUGUCCAGUGGCGGCCUUAAAUCCGUCCCCGCUGUGGGGACCAGCCCCGCCUCCCCAACCUUCACCUUCCCCCUCAGCCGCCUCUCCUCCCAUGACUGCAGCAGCAUCAAGUCCAGCCGCCGCUCAUCUUAUCUGUUGGCCAUCACUACUGAGCGCUCCAAGUCAUGUGACGAUGGACUUCACACCCUCAGAGACGACGGGCGUGUCUUCUCGAGGUUGCCAAAGAGAGUUAAAAGCUUCUUCGGUGAUGGGUCUCUGGACAGCUUGACAGUGGCUGAUGAAGCUCGCUCUAAGCGCCAUUCUGCCUCGGAGCUGGGCAGCAUCAGCUACAGUGACGUGAGGAAAGAAGGAUGGCUGCACUACAAACAGAUCCAUACUGAGAAGGGCAAGAAGGUUGGCAGUGCCAUUCGUCCCUGGAGGCGGGUUUUUUCAGUGCUGCGCUUCGGUGCACUUUACCUCUACAAAGACAAGAGGGAGGCGCUGCUGAAAGGUGCCGCCCUGGGAGGCGGAUCUGAAGACGAGCAACCGAUCAGCAUCCGCGGCUGCCUGGUGGACAUCGCGUACAGCGAGACGAAGCGCAAGAACGCGCUGCGACUGACCACACAGGACUUCUGCGAGUACCUGCUGCAGGCUGAGGACAGAGAUGACAUGCUGGAGUGGAUCAGAGUGAUCCGGGAAAGCAGCAAGACUGACAGCGAGGAGUUGGGUUUCUCUCGACAAGCUCUCAUCAGUAAGAAACUGAAUGACUACAGGAAGCAGAGUCCGACAGGUAAUAAGCCUGACUCAUCUCCCCGAGUGCCACGCAUGACUUUCUUGCUCACCAAAGCUGAAAACAGUGGUGCACCCCCGCGCUCCCCCAAACACGAAGCCAAAGAGGAGAGCAGUCCUCCCAAAUCUCCAUGGGGCAUCAACUUCAUGAAGAAAGCGAAGAAGGCGGACCCGAAAGCGUUCGGAGUCCGAUUGGAGGAUUGCCAACCUGCUUGCAAUAACAAGUUUGUUCCACUGAUUGUUGAGAUCUGCUGUGGCUUGGUGGAGGAGAUGGGUUUGGAGUACACGGGAAUCUACAGAGUGCCAGGAAACAACGCUGUGGUGUCCUGUCUGCAGGAUCAACUCAACAAGGGCUGUGACAUUAACACCACGGAGGAGCGGUGGCAAGACCUGAACGUGGUGAGCAGCCUGCUCAAAUCCUUCUUCCGAAAGCUCCCAGAACCCCUCUUUACCGACGACAAAUAUAACGACUUCAUCGAUGCCAAUCGUUUGGAGAAUCCCAGUGACAGGCUGAAGACCUUGAAGAAACUGAUCCAUGAUUUACCAGAUUAUUACUUCCACACUCUGAAGUUUCUAAUUGGUCAUCUGAAGACUGUAGCCAAUCACUCAGAGAAGAAUAAGAUGGAGCCUCGUAACUUGGCACUAGUAUUUGGACCCACUCUUGUGAGAACAUCAGAAGACAAUAUGACGGACAUGGUCACCCACAUGCCUGACCGCUACAAAAUCAUCGAAACUCUUAUCCAGCAUUAUGCCUGGUUCUUCAGUGAGGAACACGACAAGGAUGAAAAGACACCGGUGGACACAGAGGACGUUCAGCCUGCCCCCAAUAUAGACCACCUUUUAUCCAACAUUGGCCGAGCUGGACUACUGGGCGAGAUCUCAGACUCAACCAACAGUGACUCAGCAAAAUCAAAGGCACUACAGUUGCUUAUAUCCUGUAAUGAAGGUCAGACCUCUGUCAUUGCUCAGGGCUCUGGAGGGUCAAAACGUGACCUCACAGCCAAGGACUUCCUGACGACGCUUGCCAUCAUGUCUGCUGUGACUCGGAGGCGUAGAAAACGACCAACCGCCCGCCUCCUGGGCAGCAGCACUGACGAUGACUCUGAACAAGAGCCAAUCAGAGUCAGUCUUACGGUGGAGGGAGAGGGGGAGGGAAAGGAGACAGAGCAGUGUGAAUCUGACAUGGCUCCACGUGCAGAGGCAGAAGAGGAUGAAGAUGAGGAAGCGGAAGAUGAUGACGAAGAGAAUGUGGAAGUGACUGUGGCUUCCCCAGGCAAGGAGAAACCUAGAAUGCCUUGUGAGGAAGAAGCACAUUCUGUUAUCCUUAGUGAGGAAGAGGACCAGAGGUCUGAAACAAAAGGUCGCAGCUGGAGAGGGGAUGACGCACGUUCUAUUGUCUCGGGUUACUCUACUCUCUCUACGCUGGGUCGGAGUUUAGCCUCUGAGGGGCGGGGUGACGAUGCAGAUGAUGAGCAUAGCGAGCUGGUGAGUGAGACGGACAAUGAAAGUGGCUUUGCCUCGCGGUCUCUGACGCAGGAGCGUCCUGAAAAACGUACGCCACCUCCAUCGAAUAUGUACACCUCAGCAGAGCCACCUGUACCACGCAGCUUCCUGUACACACACUACAAAGCCUCUGUACCUAUUCCUAUUCUCACUCCUGCUCCCACCCCCACAACCACGCCAGCGUCUCAUUCUGCUCCCUGCAAAAAUCCGAACCCUGAACUUGUCGAAAGAGGAACUGAAAGUGCAGCACGCUCCUCCACUCCCUCCACUUCCUCCUCAACUGCCUCCCAACGCCUCCAAAACCGACCCUCCUUCAACUCCCAUCGCCUAAUUCAGUGUGAUACUUUAGCACGCCGCCGCCUAAAAACAGAAAAGGCCAAAGCUCGUUCACUAGAUCUUUUAGAAGUCCGUAGUGCUUCACCCAGUGAGGAGGAAUCGCAGUCUAACAAAGGGCGAACAAGAACCAGCCUCCUGGAUUCUUCCACUUCUCAUUCAACCAAACUGACCCCAUCCAGUAGUCACCUAUUAGCUCCGCCCUCUACCUUAGGCUCUACCUCUGGUGCCACAAAUCAGGCAUCUCUGGCAGAGCAGGUGCGUGCACGUCUGCUCGGCUCAGCAGAGGACAUACGUUCUGUGGGGCUGAGGAAACCUCUCUCGCCUGAGACAUGCCGGCGGAGGCGGGCCUGGAGGAGACACACAGUUGUGGUCUCGCCUACUGACUCUUCCCAAAAGAGCUCUCAAGUCCCCAUUGCUGUUAACAACAACAAACCCCCAGCCCCGCCCCCAAAACCUUCUGUUCUAAUCCGACGUCUGGGGGAGAAGCCCACCCCCGUUCCUCAGCGCUCCUCAGCUGACGCCUCUUCAUUAUGUCGGGCCCCACCUACCUCUCAGUUCCACGAAUGCUUGUGACAGCAUUUGAAUCAGAGUAAUUAGAUUCAAUACCCCAUUUUCCAUUAACACGGUGCUCGAUAUAGGAGCCUGGGAACCUUUUUUUUAAACAGCCUCUCUAUUUCCACUGGUAUAAGAAGUAAUAUUUACAUAUUACACCUUGUUGUGUCAAAGUCUGUGAAUACAGAGCACAGAGGCAUCAUCACAGACCAUAAUUACCCCAAGAUAACUUACCUUUAGCAACAUAGUCUGAGUGAUGAUUGUGCAGCAUUGCUGGCAUUAUCAAUGUAGCUACUAUUUAGUCAAAUGUAAUUUCCAGUGAAACAGUUGUUUCCUCAUUGAACCACUGAGUCACAGUAGAAACUUUUUUAAAAAAAUUCAUCUGUUCAUGUCUUGUGGCCAUGAAAAUAACUUGAGUGAUGAAAUCCAUAGCCCAAAAGCAUUUUUCCAAACUAUUCUACACCCACUCAGGAUCCGGCACCUUGUUGAUGGAAGAGGGGUAUCAAUGAACGGGUUCGCUAACUGUGUUUUUUUCUUCUUCUUUUUUUUCCCCCCAUUCAUAGCUGCUCUGCUUGCAUGGCACAGGGCUAGUUUUUAACCGUUGCCAAAGUUUUUAUUCUCUUUCCUUCAGUCAUUUGAGUACUCUUUUAUCAUUGUGUGACAAAAGGGCCAGAGAGCAGCAGGGUCUCCACAUAACAUUUUAAAGAACUGCCAGGGAUCUUGCCACACACUUACAUUGGGGUCAUUGUGUGUUUCGGUGCUUUACUGUGUGUUCCCUUAAGAUGUGUCCUCAUUAUCUCACCGUGUCCAAUGGAGUGUAUUUAAUUCACCCGCUUUUACCUUUCCUUUGUCUUGUUAACCAUGACGAUGCUGCCUCAUCAAAGAUCCUGGGACAAUUAUAAGUGGUACACAAACAUUGACAGAAAAAACACUUUUCUUCAUCAUCUAUACUCAAGUAUAGACUUCAGCAAAGUAUUAAUGCAGUAUUAGUGAGGCAGUGAUUGCCAACGUCAGAUGUGUUGAAACGGACCCCUAACCUUGCUCAUGUCCCUUUGUUAACACACACACACUCAUUCUAAGCAUUUCUUCAUCUGUGUAAUUUUGUCUGAAACGGUUUGUGUAUAGUGUGUAAGUGCGUUCAGCUAUUUUGUAACAUUUGUACAAAGCCUUGCUAAGUUAAUCUUGUAAAUAUGCAUAUAAUAUCAUAUUUGUUUUUAAUUUGUUUUUAUAUAUGGUUUACAAAAUCGCACAUAGGUGCGUGAUCAUUUCUUUUAAGAUUUUACUUGAAAUGGUUUCUUUAAUGUUUUUUUUUGUUUUGUAUACAGUAUAUAUAAAAUAUAUAUUAUAUAUUUUGUAUGAAUAUAAUAAGUACUUUCGUUUGGGGUGUUAAUUGUUUUAAAAGAAACAAAAACAGAACUAAACCUCCGAUAGACUGUUGUUUAUUUCCUCAUAAAUGGCCUUUUCUCUGUGACUUACCAGUACUAUGCAGAACUUCAUACACCUCAAUGCAAAGAAAAGAACUUUAACCUGCAGAAGAGUGUCUGUCCAAUGGCCUGUCACAUGCUAUAAUAAAUUCCUUCUUGCUGGGCAUUGCAGUG